UUUUUGUGUGUCAUUGGUUUUCCUUUUUUUGUUUCUUGGUGUUGUUAUGUUUUUUUCAGCCUUCCCUACUUGAGCAAACUAGAAAAAUUUGGAGACAAAAGUUGAAUUACACAAGAAAGAAUCUUCUAUGACUGUCACACAUACCCAGAAAUUUAACUAUCAAUUAUAGAGCCAUGGGAGAAAUUGAUCCAGCUUUCGUUCAAGACCUUGAACAAAGGCCUAAAUUCAAACGCACAGAAAUUGAAGAAAUCCCAGUUAUAGAUCUCUCUGUUUCAAACACUCAAGAGCUAGUUUCAGAGAUCGGAGAAGCCUGCAAGAAAUUUGGGUUCUUUCAAGUGAUUAAUCAUGGAGUACCUUCAGAGCUACGUCAAAAGAUGGAAAGGGUUGCUAAAGAAUUCUUCGAUCAGCCAUUAGAGGAGAAAAGAAAAGUGAAAAGAAAUGAAGUUGAUCCUAUGGGAUAUUAUGACAGUGAACAUACCAAGAAUGUUAAAGACUGGAAAGAGGUUUUUGAUUACUUGGUUCUUGACCCAACUUUAAUCCCUGCCUCAGAUGAUCCUAAUGAUAAAGAGCUAAGAACUAUAACUAAUCAAUGGCCUCAAUACCCUUCUCAAUUCAGGGAGAUAUGCCAAGAAUACACUAAACAAGUGGAUAAACUAGCUUUCAAGUUAUUGGAGCUUAUUUCGCUGAGCUUAGGCUUGGCUGCAGAUGUGUUAAAUGGGUAUUUCAAGGAUCAAAUAAGCUUUUCAAGAAUUAAUCACUAUCCACCAUGCCCAGCUCCACACCUAGCUCUUGGUGUGGGUAGACAUAAAGAUGGUGGUGCCUUAACUGUUCUUGCUCAAGAUGAUGUUGGAGGGCUAGAAAUUGCUCGGCGAUCUGACGGAGAAUGGAUUCCUGUAAAGCCAAUUCCAGAUGCCUUCAUCAUCAAUAUUGGGAAUUGUAUGCAGGUUUGGACCAAUGACUUGUACUGGAGUGCAGAGCAUAGGGUGGUGGUGAACUCAACCAGAGAAAGAUUUUCUUUCCCUUUUUUCUUUUUCCCUGCACAUUAUGUCCAAAUUAAGCCAUUGGAGGAGCUGCUGAAUGAAGAAAAUCCUGCCAAAUACAAGGAAUUCAACUGGGGAAAAUUUUUUGCCAGCAGAAAUCGCAGCGAUUAUAAGAAACAAGAAUUGGAAAAUGUCCAAAUUGAUCAUUUCAAGGCUUCAUAGCAACUGUUUGGAGUGGAUUCUAUGUGUUUAUGACUGUUAUGAGCAAAUAUGAAUUUCUAUUGUGUAAUGCAAGAGCUUGAAUGUUUAAUAAUCAAUAAAAAUACAUUCCAAAUAUGUUCGUUUA